UAGUUUUUAUGUCAUAAGAUUCAGUUUUCUUUCUUACAAAUAUUCAUAAUGGCUUCCCCAGAGACUUCAUUGCUCCCUAUUGAUAUAAUAGAGGAGAUAUUUUGUAGGAUUCCAAUAGAAUAUUUGACACAAUUCAAAUUGACGUACUGCAAACAAUGGCACGCUCUCUUGAAGGACAAGAGAUUCAUCUACAAGUACUUGGAUCUUGUCCAAGAAAGAUUCAUAAGAAUCGACCAUACGGUUCAGAUCAUCAAUCCUUUGCAAGGAGCUCGUUCAUCUUCACCAAUACCAGAAGAGUUUCACAAUAUCUCCGAGAUUUCAACUACCGUUCAUUGCGAUGGAUUAUUAGUAUGUAGAUGCAAUGAAACAAGAACAAGAAGAUGUAAACUCGCGGUUUGGAACCCGUUCUUGAAACACAUCAAAUGGAUCAAACCAUUGGGUUUUUACUCGGUUAAUGAUUUCUACGGUAUAGGAUACAACAAUGUAUCACGUGAUGAAUACAAAAUUCUAAGGAUUUUCGAAGGAGAGCUUGAAGAUGACGAGAUAGCAGUGAUUGGACCUUGUGAGCCAGUGAUUCAGAUUUAUGACUUCAAAACUAAUGCAUGGAGAAUAAUCGUUGAUGUUGCUACUUUGGAUUGGUCUAUUGAUCCACCAUGCAAAGGAGUUUCCAUAAAAGGAAACAUGUAUUGGGUCGCACAUUGGAACAAGAAACCCGAACUUUUCAUCCUAUGUUUUGAUUUCUCGACAGAAACAUUCAAAGUCGUAUGCAAUGUUCCGUUCCAAUGCAGUGUGUUAGAUACAGCGUCGUUGUCGAGUUUUAGAGGAGAUAGGCUUUCUUUGUUGCAUCAACGUGAAGAAACAACGAAGAUUGAAGUGUGGGUCACAAACACAUUGAAUGGGGAUGAUGUUGUCUCGUGGGAAAAGUACUUAAACGUGACUAAUCCUGACCUUCCGACGUUACAUACCGAUCAUGAUCUCGCUCAUCCUAGUUACUUUGUUGACAAGAAUGAUAGUAUCAUCGUGUGGUGCGAAGAAGUGAUGGAAGAUGAAGCAGCAGAUGAUUAUGUUUGUGUUAGCGUUUACGAGAUUAGUAAAUAUGGGACUGCUAAGAAAGUAGUUGAGACAGGACGAUGUAAUUUGGGGAACUAUGAUAGGUCUUUUGUAUGUGGACAUGUGUACCUUCCAAGUCUUGUUCCGGUUCCCGAAUAAAACUUGUGUGGGUUGUUUUGUUGUUUGUUUCAAGAUAUUUUAUGUUCUAAGCUUUGUAUUGUUUAUUUAUUUCAUGUUAUGUUUCAUUUUUCUAAAUAUGAGAUUUGUGGAUUUACUUUUACUAUAUACAAGGAGUCAAGGACCAUCCUCGUGGUUUCAAGUUAAGUUAAGCACUCGAAACAAAUUCUAUCUGAGAUUUGUAUGUUAUUUUGGAAACCUCAUGUUUUUUUUUUUUUGAAACCUCAUGGUUACCGUGACAUGAUGACCAAUAAAGAUGUUGCUCUUCUCUGGUUACCGAUAAAGCAAAGACAUAAUAAGAAAGAUGACCACCGUGAAAACACACAUUUACAAAGCUCUCUGGUGAAGUUUUAACUGACUUUUUAGGUUUACUAUAAUUUCAACAAUGAAACUUUAUAGCGCACACGUGUGGUCAAUGUGAUGAAUAUGAAAUUGUAUGAGAAUCUUUGAGGGUUUAGAAACUAGAACCCUAUGGUUAUAAAACUCUCUUCCAAGUUCUCCUGGAAAUGAUCUGUGGUCUGGUGUUUACACUCCCCCUUUCACCAUUAUCAGAUUCCAAUUCAAAGGACAUAACGGCAAACUGGAUGCGGAGACAGAGUAG